AUGGCGUCAGAAACGAAACAAUCUCUCAGGGCUCAGAUAGCCGCCAUCCUUUCUUCAGACAAUGAUGACGGUUUUGACGAGAGGUCUCUUGCCUCAACGGAGAAAAAUCCAAAGUCAACUGGUGAUUACCGAAUAGUUGAACUGUCCCAAGAUGAAUUGCUUGUCGAGUUCCAGGAGAACUCUCCAAGAAACCCACCGAAUUGGGCCUUUAGCAAAAAGUUCUACAAUGCCAUUGUAGGGAUAUUUAUAGUCCUCAAUAGCGGCAUAUCAUCCGCACUUCCUAGCAAUGCAGUCCCCGCUAUCAUGCAGGACUUCCACGAGUCCGGAGACCAGCAAAAAGUCUUACCAACUGCCGUCUUUCUCAUUGGCUACGUGGUUGGGCCUCUGCUAUUCAGUCCAUUGAGUGAAACCAUUGGACGGAAACCCGUUCUCCUCUGGUCUUUCACUGUUUUUGUCCUCGCUACGCUUGGAUGUGCUUUAGCGCCAAAUUGGUCCUCUCUUCUCGUCUUUCGAACUAUCUGUGGUCUGGCAGGGGCUGCUCCUCAGACAGUUGUUGGUGGUAUUUAUGCGGACUUGUUUUUCGAUCUGCGAACCCGUGGUCGCGCGAUGGCGAUGUAUAUGUCGGCUUGCAGUUUCGGUCCCAUUCUGGGCCCGAUCAUCUCUGGAUGCUCAGUCAAAUAUGGUUGGAGAUGGCCUUUUAGGAUUGACCUGAUUCUGUCGGGUAUUACCUGGCUGGCUCUGCUCCUCACGUCUGAAACUUUUGGCCCAGCAAUCUUGAACCGACAAUCUGCCAAAUUGAGAAAACAUUCGGGAUCCAAUCGAUACUUUUCGCGUCAAGAGCUCAAUCUGGACUCGAGAUUCACUCCGAUGGAAAUCAUCACUCGUCCCAUCACGAUGCUCUUUUUUGAGCCUAUCAUCACCUCAACAUCCAUCUAUAUCGCCCUCGCAUAUAGCCUGGUCUUCUUUUACUUUCAGGCCUAUCCUAUCAUCUUUGAAGGUGUCUAUGAUUUCACCGUCGAGCAAACUUCCCUCACAUAUAUCCCAAUUGGCAUCGGCGCCGCAUCCUCCGGCUUCGUCGCCCUCUACUACGACAUGAUCUACGAGAAAGCCAAAAAGCUCAACAAAGCCUGGACCUCCAGCGAAGAGUACCACCGACUCCCCAUGUCCUGUAUCGCCGGGCCCUGUCUAACAAUCAGCAUGUUCUGGCUCGCCUGGACAGCAAAGCCCACCAUGCAUUGGGUAGCACCCGUGAUGUCCGGGUUCGUCUUCGGAUUCGGAUUCCAGACGAUCUUCAUUUCGCUUCUUACCUACGUGACCGAUGCAUACAAGAUCUACUCUGCGAGUGCACUGGCCGCUUCUGUUAUUGUACGGAGCAUUGCUGGAGCGCUUUUCCCGCUCGCCGCCGAGCCGCUCUAUAAAUCUUUCGGGGUUUCAUGGGCUACUUCCCUCCUUGGCUUUAUUAGUCUGGCCUGCAUUCCGAUUCCUUUUGCUUUGAUGCGAUUCGGCCCUUGGAUUCGUGAGAGAAGUCCCUUCUGCCAGAGGCUAAUCUUGGAGGAGAAACUCAAGGCCAGUGGGUCAAAUACACCUGUGCAAGUAUAG